ACGCGCGCACACGCCGCUCGGACAGAGAGAGGACCCAACAUGGCUGAAGCAGAAGGAAGCGAAGUAAGUUCUGGUGGUAUUUUUCAGGAGAUAUUCACCUCCCCGCUAAACCUGACCCUGCUCAGCCUCUGUUUGUUCCUCUUGUACAAAAUCUUCCGCGGGGACAAACCACAGGAGUUUGGCGAGGUGGAAAAGCCGCUUCCUAAACUGAAAAAGAGAGAUUUUACCCUCGCAGAGUUGAAGCCCUACGAUGGAGUCCAGGAUCCCCGGAUCCUCAUGGCUGUCAACGGGAAAGUGUUCGACGUGACCAGAGGGAAGAAGUUCUACGGGCCAGACGGGCCGUAUGGCGUGUUUGCGGGCCGAGACGCGUCCAGAGGUCUGGCUACGUUCUGCCUGGAGAAGGAGGCCCUGAAAGACGAACACGACGACCUGUCGGACCUGAACGCCAUGCAGCAGGAGGGCCUCUCUGAGUGGGAGUCCCAGUUCACCAUGAAGUACGACUACGUCGGCAAGCUCCUGAAACCAGGAGAGGAGCCCGCAGAGUACACGGACGAGGACGAGGGAAAAGACAAAAAGGCCGACUAGAAAAU